CACCCGCUGCCCCGAGCGCGCACCUGCCGAGGACCUGCGGACCCGGGCGCCGGGAGGCUCGCCCCGCCGAAGCGUGCGUGGGAGGGGCGGCGGGAGUGGGCGCUUCCUGGGCCGGAGAUGAUAAAAGGAGUUGAUGGAAAAUACGAGCGAGCACAGUGGUAGAGCAACAGUGUGGCCGGUCAUUACGCCAGGCGCCUAUGCUGAGAAGUUAGACUGUGCCCAUUUGCCAUGGCUUAUGGCUUGCCAAGAAGGAACGCAGUGAAAGCCCUGCUCCGGGGCACUUGUCCCGAAACACAGGAACCUUGGGAACUUGCACUGCUUACAAAGACCUGGUACACGAACCUAGCCAACAUCAAGUUGCCUUUCUUGGAAGAAAUUACAUUUGGUAGUCCUGUACACCUCAAAAAAAAUAAAACCACUAAGAAUGUUCGCCUCCCUUCUGCAGAAUCCAUCAAACUUGAAAGGGAGUAUGAAAUGAAGCGCUUGAAUCACUUGAAAUGUCAGGAAAAUGUAGCCGAGGAAAUUCAGUUUUCCCUAAGAGAAAGACCAGCUGGUUUGAGAAGACCUCUUCCACCUAAGUGAUCAUCAUCUCAUAAAGGAAUCUGCACUGUGCUUUCCACAUCCAAAGGCAGUGAAGGCAACGAAGGUCUCCAACCUUUUGCUGUGCAUAUUCUGGUGCAGACAUAUGAAUGCCUACUGGUGGAUGAACCGGCUCCUGUGGGUUGAUGAAACAGCUCUGACGGAUCUUCU